GCCGACUUUUGCUCUGCAAGCCGUCGUCCUUUACCUCUGUGCUGUGUGCUUUAUUGUUUGCUGCUUGCUCCGACGUCCAGUUAUGAACACAGCCCUUCUUGAGGAGACCGACCCCUUGCUGGGAGAUGUGGCGGCGAACCGUGUCCACCACGCCGUGACGGUCGAUCCUGAUGCUCCAACCGAGGAGCAACCCCUGGGUUUCGGCCUUGGCGAUGCUGAUCCGGACGACCCCAUGAACUGGACGACGGCCUACAAGUGGUUCAUUGUCAGCCUCCUUGCGCUCAUGGCGUUUGCUGUCACAUUUACAUGUAUGUCCCUCAUUCCCAUCGCGUCGCGCAUCGUCAGCGACCUCGACGGCGAGAACGACCGCGACCGCGGCGAUGAGGCGGCCCCGUCCGUGGGCGCCAGCGUGGCGCUCCUGGUGACCAUCUGGGAGCUGGGCGAGGCGGUCGGCCCCGUGCUGAUCGCGCCGCUGUCCGAGAUCCACGGGCGCUGGCCGGUGCUCAACGCGGCCAACUGGCUCUUCGUGGCCGCCACCGUCCUGGCCGCCCUGUGCCGCCGCACCGACCUCUUCAUCGGCGCGCGCGCCCUGACCGGCUUCGCCGUUGCCACAAACGUGCUCAACCCGGCCAUCGUCGGCGACAUGUUCCCGCGCGAGGGCCGCGGCGCCGCCAUGAGCGCCUGCAUGCUCACCCCGCUGCUGGGCGGCGCCUUCGGCCCCGCCAUCAGCGGCGCCGUCGCCCAGACGAUAGGGUGGCGCGCCGUCAUCUGGCUGAGCGUCGGGAUAUCUGCCGUGUGCUCUCUGAUGCUGAUGCUGCUCCUGAGGGAGACGUAUAAGCCCGUCAUCCUGAGGCGCAGGGCCGAGCGGGCUCGGCGAGAAGGGAAGCUCAAGCAAUCCGUGGUGGGCGAGCAUGCGUACGGCUACGGAGCCACCGCCGCCGGGCUGGUUGCCCACGGCCAGGAGAGCGAGAAGGGCGGGGCGGCGAAGCUGAUGGAAGCCAUCAUGCGGCCGGCUACUGUCUGGUCUAGCUCUGGGGUUUUGAUUGCCAUGGCGGCGUUCAACGCGCUUGGCUUCGCGUAUUUUUACAUCAUCACGGUCUCGCUGUCAGUGAUUUUGGACACCCUAUACGGCAUGUCACCCGCCGAAAUUGGCGGCGCGGUCCUGAUUCUAAGCUCGGGCGAGUUCCUGGCGCUAUUCAUCAUCAACCUGACCCUCGACCCGCUAUACGUCAAGCUCCGCAACGCCAACGGCGGCGUGGGCCGGCCCGAGUACCGACUCCCCAUCUCCAUAGCCGGUGCCCUGAUGAUGCCGGUGGCGGUCGCGGCCUACGGGUGGGCGGCCGAGUACCACGCGCCGGUGCCCGUGGUCCUGGCGGCCGGCGCCGCCGUCUGCUUCUCGCUCCUCAUCACCAGCAUGCCCAUCACGGCCUACGUCGUCGACGCCUUCGGCGAUUACUCGGCGUCGGCGCUGACCGGCGUAAUGGUCUGCCGCUGCCUGGCGGGCACCUUCCUGCCGCUGACGAUCGCGCCCCUGACCGAGUACCUCGGCUGGGGCUGGGGGUUCAUGGUCCUGGCAAGUGCCAGCCUGGCCGUCGCGCCGGUGCCGAUUCUGGUCAUGCGGUACGGGCCGCGCUGGAGGAUGCGGUCCAAGUACUCGCAGGAAACGUGAGUUUAGCAGCAGAAUAGCGUGAGGUGAAAAUAAUGCAGGGCUACAGGAGACGUGUAAACACUCAUCGAGAGCAAGUAAUUAAGGCAUAUUUUGAGGCUACCGAGGUUGUCCGUCAUAGGAAUGAGGACUGACCUCC